ACAAUAAGCAACUGUUCUUUUUUUUUCCCAUAAUAUUCAAUUUUCUGUAAUACAACCUGCACCACCAGUCACGGUGGCCAGGAAUAGGAUCCUGAGCAUAGAAAUAGUGUUCUCCUUGGAGCCAGCUCUCUUCCAGUCACACCUCAUGGAUAGUACAACACACACCUAUUUAUUGAUAAAAAUAAUGCAAAAGCCCCUUACUAAGCACCAAAUGAGUCUAAUCACUCUCCAAGAGCUCUGUGCACUCAUGGCGAGUCAUUCCCGUCACCCUGGCCUUCAGCCGAAAUGUUCACAAUUCCAAGUUUGUAUUGCCCCAGCCCUAGCCUACAGCCAAAUUUUCCCAUGACGGCAUGUUCACAUUAUCCAUGACAUGAUUGUCACGUCAUCCGGAUCAUAAGGGUUAAUAUUUGGCAUCAUGGUAAGAAGUGUAACCUGUAUGUUUACAACUCUCUCAGAGCAAAGAGCGAGCAGCCUCAGCCAUUGCUGACAAUAGUGAAGCUGCACGGAAGAUCAAGGACAGCUUCAGGUCAAGGAUGGCAACCUUCAUUGUUUCAGUGCUGAACCCGUAUAGAAGAGGUGACUGCAAAGAAGGCAAAAUCACUUGCACUGAAGAUUUCAAGUACCUGGCUCGCAAGCUGACCCACUUUGUAAUGGUGAAGGAACUGAAGCAGCUACAGAGCAUAGACCUGCUAGAGUGCAGUGAGAGUGUAAAACAUAAAACCAAGGACUUUGUGCGAAAGUACAUGAGCAAGUAUGGUGCAACCUUUAAGAGGGAUCCAAAUGACACCAAAGAAUAUUAAACUUCUGUCAAAAGGGGAAGAGUCAAAGACGCUCCAACUGAUGUAAGAGUGAAUGUUUUUUGUGGAUGCUUUUUUUCCAGUGAUGAACAGUGGUGAAGAACUUGCAAUGCUU